AUGCAGGUUUACCGAUCCCCUCUUGUUCGUUGUAUUUCUUCAUCUCACGUCCGCUUCGUCUCGGCAGACGCGGCAAAAUCUAGCGUACAGCGACUCGCAGCCAGCUGGGACGAUAUUCAUAUUCCAUCCCGCACGGAAGUCAAGCAAGCUCAAAGAACCGGCUCUCUGAGCUCUCGCUUGGCUGCUAGAAGGCCCAAUCCCGCAUCAUUUUCUGCUACCCCAAAUGUUCCAACCCCUACAGUAAUUCCUGUUGCGCCUAAUCAAGCAGCGUCAGUCGUACGCAGGACCGGUCCCCCAAAACGCGUAUUAAAACCCGCUCCUCCAAUGCCCGCCCGAAAACCCGAUGUCACCCUGCAAUCAGCAGCGGACACAUUGGAUGACCUCUUUCAAGUCAUUCCAGAUGAGUCUUCUUCUCGCAAUGACUCUUGGGAAAAGGGCUUGGAAACCAUGAAACAAACCGUCCGGUCCCCUUCGAGACCGAGAAACGUGAAUGGCAGAAGCUGGACGCCCGAAGGUGGCAACAAAGUUACAGGUCGUGUUAAUACCACUCCCAGAGUCGCACGGAACGCUGGUACGGGUAAUCAAAAGAUCAGUAAAUCCUCGAGAGAGGAGGAAGACGACAAAAGGAGCUUGAGCGCAGAAUCGAAUGUGGAGGAUGACGAGGACGCAGAAAUUUAUUUGGACGAUACCGUUAUUGACGGAGUAUCUCUCCUGGCCCCUCGACCUGGUCAGCCUGCUCAAUUAUGGUACGAAAGUAUCAUAAAGCAAAACCGAGAACCCGAUGGCCCGCGUGUCAUCUAUCCCGACAUCGAUAUUUCUGCGGACUUACACGACUUAUUUGGUGUGGACAGUGCUCAACAUCGGAGCAUCAUGGUAUCCAAUCUUGGUGCUUUGAAUCGAGGACUUCUUCGUCCGGCGGUUAAGAAAGGCAAGGUGGACUACCAGGUUCGAAAAGUUAUGCGUAGGUAUGGUGGUGACUACUCGCAUCUGCAGCCCAACUUGGUUCCGACAGAACUGAGGAAGAAAAUGCGACCGUCGCAACUCGCACGACUGACCAUGUCUCGACGAAACGAGGCAAGCGCCACGCAGAGGAAAACAUUCGAUGCCCUCAUUUCAUCGACCCUUAAAAAUGUAGACACUGUAGAGCAACCCAUUCGCGCAUAA